UACUAGUAGCAACGAGCAGGCGAAAAGAAGAGCAACGACCCGGACUGCUGCGAGGACGGCAAGAUGUACCCGCAGUACAGGUGCUCGCCGUCCGUGCUCACGCUCAACAGCUUCGGGAAGGGCAAGGACGGCGGCGGCCCGUCGGAGUGCGACAACGCCUACCACAGCGACGAGGAGAAGGUGGUGGCGCUCUCCACGGGGUGGUUCAGCAACAUGGCGCGCUGCGGCCACCGCAUCAAGAUCUCUGCCAAUUUCAACUCCGUGUACGCCAAGGUGGUGGACGAGUGCGACUCCGUGCACGGCUGCGACGGCGACCACAACUUCGAGCCGCCGUGCGACAACAACAUCGUCGGCGCCUCGCCGGCGGUGUGGGACGCCCUGGGGCUCGACCAAAGCAUCGGCAUGGUGCACGUCACCUGGUCUGAGGAGUGAGUGCCAGUUGAUGUGUCUGGUCUCUGUACAGUAUGAUACAGCCGUGUGCGAAUAGCUAGAGAGAUUUAGUAGUCGUGCCUCAUUGCUUUAUCCUGCUAUGAUAUAUAGGAUAUGGAAUAAAAGGUACAGUAUAUUUUUGGGUUGA